AUGGUACACCUUGACACCCCUGCGCCGGAUACUGGCAUCUUCACCACGGAAGAAGUGCGACCACGAUCGAAGCCUUGCAAGUCCACGUCACGGAUCGUUUCUCUACCACGCAACCACUACAAGGAACCGCCAAACCUCGCAGCAGGAUUCAGAUCACUCGACCUUUCCUGUGAAGCACCAGUCAGAGCGAACCUGGUCGCCGACAAGAUAACCACAGACUCGUUCCGUAUAACGCUGGAAACCUGGGGCGAGAGAUCGCUACUCUACUCGGCGAGCGCGACGUGGAUCGAGCACAAGGCCUACGCCAAAGACUGCCUGUUUGGCCAGUUCGACACACACGAUUUACCCGCAAACGGUGCAGCGAGCAAGAGGGGGGCACAACAAGAGAACUCGCGGGAAUUCACCUUUCCUCAAGCAUUCAAGGACGAUGUCGACAUCAUCUGUUGGCUCAAUCGACUGGACAUGGCCAGCGGCGAUCGGAACUACCGUAUAAGAGCCUACGCGACUAACGUCACCCGCAAAGGCUUCACGGCUCACAUCGAUACGUGGGGGGACAGUCUUCUGUAUGGAGGUGCGAUGUGCUGGAUUGCCUUUCCAAAGCGCAAGCGCUACGUGCAAGCAGGCAGCUUCAACACAGGCGACGUCCGAAGUUGGAGCAAUCCGAUCCCAGAAACAAAGUCGGAGGUGAAGUUUCAGGAGGGUGUGUUCAAGUCGCAUCGGCCUGCUCCUACGGUCUUGUGUGCCUUGAACUAUAUCGAUAUGGCAGGCAAUGCAGACUUGAGAGUCGCUGUUGACGUCCAUGAUGUCGGUACACAAGGGUUUCGUUGGUCGUUGAAGACGUUUGAGGAUAGUACAUUGUACGCUGCUGGUGCGAGCUGGAUAGCUCUUGGUUUCGCAUGA